ACAUACUAUAAGUUAAGAGAAGGCCAGAAACUCCAGAUUCGAGCCUGCAAGCAAGGGAUUCACUUCCCGGGCUGUUGUGAAAACAAUUGUCCAGACAAAUGGGACUGACCCUAAGUCUUUAGCGCUUCCCGUUCAUGAAAUAUCUAUCGGGGAAACAAGCGCAUUCGUGCUAAAAAUCCUUGGUAGACAAAAUUGCGGCACAACAAUUCGGUACGUAAACAUAGACUAAUACAUGUUUGUCAGCCGAUUACCGGUCAUAAUCAUAUUGUCACUUGGCGCAAUAACUCACUUAAUGUAUAUGUACUUUAUAAUUACUUAUUAAUGUAUUUUCAUUUUAUUGUAAAUAGGCCAUCAAAAAGGCUGUAUAAAUCGGAUAGUGGCACUGAUGAUAAUGAGACAGACACAGAGAGUAGGCCACCACAAGUUAUUGACCAAGCAACAACGCCCAAACAGGCACAAAGCCUACUUUCAUCUCCGCCUCGCUUAUCUGCACAGGCAUUGCGAGAGGCCAGCAGUGAUGUGCAAAGUGCUUCUCCAAUACAAGGUGCUUCUGAUACGCCCUUCCGUGGGCAGAUUAUUGGGCCCACUGCUGUUACACAGAUUCUCCGAGUCUUGGAGACAAUGCGAGAGAAGAAUCGUGAAAUUAAGAGGAUGGUGCAGCGAAUGCUGUUAAGGUCAGCAGCAGAUGACCAACCGCUGCAACUUCCGAAAGAUAUCUCAUUCCCUAUUCGUUCUCCUGAGCAGAUGGAAGCAUUCGAUGAGCUUCUGGGAGAUCAGACAAUGCUCUCAUCUGUGGUAAGCAUAGUGUUAGUCAUGUAUGUUGCUCCAUUAGUACCUGAAAAAAGUAUACCCCAUAUCCACUGGCCUAAAAGCGAAAUAACAUAAUGGUCUGUGGUGAGCACUUGAUGAUAAUGUAUUAUCAUUCUGCUAUAUUUAUGUUGGAAAAUAUUGCACAGUGGACAAACACUUUGCUGCAUUAAUUUCAGAAUUAAAAACUGGCAUGUUUUAAUUUUUUGAUUCAUAUUGACACAGUUAUGUUAUUAUUUAGAUAUGCUAUAAUAGCCAUGAGCACAAGACAUGGGCAGUUGGCCUCGUUUUCAACAUUGAUUAUUAAUUAGGACAAGACAGUCAAUUCAUUAAUCAAAAUGCUGGCAGCUUUCAAAAUACCAGGAAAAUGACUAGUACCCACAAAAUCCAGGAAUUGAGCUGUUAUUAUAUUAUCAAAAAUUAUUCUGUUGAUAUUGUAUAAACUCUUUUGUUAAAAAGAACAAUGAUAAUGUGCCCCAUAACACUCGGUGGAGGGGACAAACAUAAAGGCACAAGUCAAGUCAAGGUGUUGUCCUAGGCUGUAAAUAUAUGAGGGAAGAUCUUUUAAUUUGUCAAUCCAAACAGUUUUCUUGGCAGAU